GAUACACCUGCAAAUAGUCCACCACAUUAAGGCCACCAGGAAAGACUGAAUUAGUUAAUUCAUUAGGGUACAGAACUACUAUACAAAAUAAAAGGGAACAUACAAACUUUCCUGUUCACCUGUAGCCUGUUUCAACAACUGGAAGUCUUGGAAGAUUGCUGAGAUGGCCUGGAACCAUACCGACUUCCUUGUCUCCUAUCCUCUCGUUAAAAUCCCACCAUCCUCCCCUCCCAUUGCCCUUGUACCACUCUCCUCUCCCAGUCAAUUUCUUAACAUGUCAAUCAACAUUCCCUUGAACACCAGCAAUGGAAAGGCGAGUGUUAACGACACAAUAAUAAGCAACAGCGGUGGAGCAGUAACUGGUGCUGUGAUCCUUGGCCUUGUUUUUUUCCUUGGUGUCCCCGGCAACCUUUUUAUUGUCUGGAGCAUCCUGGCUCGAGCCCGCCGCCGUUCUAUCACAACCCUGUUGAUCCUAAACCUAGCCUAUGCAGAUGGAUUCAUCAUGCUCCUGACACCCUUUUUCAUUGUGUAUUUAGUUAAACGCAGCUGGAUUUUUGGCCUUGCGCUGUGCAAAAUUCUCUUCUACCUUUGUUGUGCCAACAUGUAUGCUUCAAUAUUUUUAAUAAUGCUAAUGAGUCUGCACAGGCUUGUUGCUAUAGUGUGGCCAAAACGUGCUGGUGCCCUAACAGAAAGAAGGAUGGUCAUGAGGGCACUGGUGGUAUUGUGGGUUCUUGCUCUGGGACUCUCAAUGCCCCCUUUGGUUUUCAGGACUACCGCAGAGAAUCCCAAAGAGCCACAGAGUCUUCCGUGUGAGUGUAAACACUCAAAACGACAAUAUGUGGCACUGCAGUACUGUCUGGAAACGGUGCUGGGCUUCUUGUUGCCGUACGGGGUGAUCAUAGGUAGUUACACAUGUAUCCUGCGCAGAAUUCGCAAGACCAGGUUUCGUAGGCGCAUCCGCAGUGAGAGACUCAUCCUGGUGAUUGUCAUCACCUUUGGCCUCUUCUGGCUGCCUUACCAUAUCAUAAACAUGGUGCAGGUUGCUUCUAGUUUAUAUCCAGAUCUUUCCCCUGCAAAAAAAAGGCUAGAUAAAAUCUGGACAUCAUACCGGGCUCUCAUCUCCACUGUGGCUUUUGUCAGCAGCUGCAUAAACCCUGUUCUUUACACCUUUGCCGGAAAGUCGUACAUCCGACGUAACGGCCUGGCCUUCAUGGCGCGGCUGUUUGAGGGUACAGGACUUGAGUCCACACGUAAGAUCCGGCGAAGCAAUCAGAACAGUCGAGACAGAGAAAAAGAGGCAAAUGAGGGAGAGAGUCUCAAAGACAAAGACUCAGAUUCUACCACAAGUGUUAAUGCUAACACUGGUGUUAAAGUUGCACCACAGAAAAAUGGGAAUUUUCUUUAAUUUUCAGUAUAGUUUUGAUGGAGAAUAUUCAAUCUACAGUGGCAGUGUUGGCCUUGGUUCACAUACCCCCCGACUACACACAUACACUAAGGGUUGCACCCACUAGUCUAACUAGUUGGUUAACUCUGCCGCUAGUCGACGAGUUAUGCUUGUUCCAUAUGACGAUAGCUUGAAAAAAAUCAAGACUGUUAAUCACAAUGGAAGUAACAUACAUCUGUCAAUGGAGACAUACAUUCAUUCAUUUUUCACCAGCAUCAUCUCAGUUGUGUGGAUAUUCUCUUCACUAACACACACUCCAUUAACGCAAAAGGUUAAAAUGGUUUGCUUUCUUUUCUAUCAAAAUGACGAACAUCAUUUGGAAUUAUCCAUCAAAUUAUAAAUUUUUAAAAUGUGGAAAAUAUUUGAAAAAUAUGUGAUUUUUGUAGUUGUUUAUUUUUUUGUUAAUGUAACCUCUGAGUCAUUAACAUAAAGUUUGAAUGUAUUGGUGCUAAAAUACAGAACAAAAGUGUUGGCCAAAACAAUAAGGUCCUUCGCAGUUAAUAUGGGAGAGUGGGCAACCCUAAUAACCUGCAAAAAAAACAAAAUUUAAUAAAAAUUCCAGCCAAUCGACAGGUAGAGUUAAGAGUUGGUAAGCAUGCUAACUUUGGGCCUUAUUUUUGGCCUGAGUAUGUGAACAAUUUGCAUGAACAUACAGAAUGUCAAGGUUCUACAACAUUGCGUAUGUUGAUUUUUUACAAUACAGAAUUGGAUAGCACUGGCAGAGGAGUAUGGCAGAUUAACAAUUGUUCCCUUUCAAGAAGGGAAUUAAUAUUAGGGGACUCCUCUUGGGAGACUGUUCCAUGAAACCCUAUCCCAUCACGGCAAUUAGAUUGGCUGGUGAUGGUUGGCGCUCCACCCCCAUUCACCUACCGUGUGUAUACAAGGCAGCGGCAGUGUUUUCUAGCAAGCCAGAAACUAAAGAUCACAUUUGCUGAAGAUGUAAAUGUUUCUCUAGUGUUUUCCAAAUGCGAGUGAUAAACUCUGGCUGAUGGGCUUGAGCGCUGUUCCAUAACAGUGCUCAUUGAGACGAUUAUAUUCAGUGUGGGCAAUGCUUGACUCUAGCAGCUCGCUUUCAUUCUGAAAGCCUAAGCCAGUCCCCUCUCUUCCCGCUAAAGUUCCUCGUCAGCUCCCGAGGGGCCAUAUGAGUGAGAUGCGGGAGGAGGAGCCAUUGAGCAUAGAGAUUUUAGGAGGGUUUGCGCAGGCUCAAGCCUUGCGUGCCUCCUUUUUCUCUAUAUUAAGCAGUUUGGCCAUUCAGUAUGAGCGCUGUAUAUAGUGUGGGCUGAACCCUUGCUGACAAUGCGUCAUUGAGAUUGAUUGUGUUCAUGGCGGGCAUAUGAAACACAACACGCUUCUCUCUAAGGCUUGCUUUCUUUAUAAAAGCCGAAGCCACUCCCCUCUACUGCCACUAACACUCCACUGCGGCUCCCAAGGGACCAUACGAGUGAGACGCGAGAGGAUGGAAAACAGAGCAUAGAGAUUUUAUGAGGGUAUAACACAGUUAAAGGGAAAGGAGGAAGGGAAAGGAGGAGGUGAGAACCGGCUUGACAAUAUAAAUAAUAUUUUAAUGAUCAACUUAACCAAAAACACACAAACAUAACCACACACAGGGCAGAUGCCUGUAAUUCUCUCUCUCUCUAUCUCUCUAACUGUGUCUCCAGCCACCCUUAUCCUCACUCGCCCCAUCAGGCUGAUUGGGUACCAGGCGUGCAUCGGCUUGCCCAGCCCCACCCUCCUCCGCUCCUUUUGCAGGCUUAAGCCUUGCAUGCUGCCCUUUCUGGAAUUGCACAUUAUGACUUGACAUUCUCCCUGUUUAGUGAGAGUUCAGAUCUCGUGUUCAGCUGCUUAUGAAGUGCUUAUGCAAAGCACUAUUCCACAAUUUAUCACUUGGUUCCAAAGAUUUCUGCCGAAUAAAUUGGCAGGUCUAUGGGUGGCCUAGUGUCAGAGGAUUGACACCCUUGGUUAAGCUUGUCAGAAAUGCACUACAUGCCUCUCUACAGAUGUGAGCCGGGAACGAGUGGGUAACAUCUCCACAGUUGCACAGGUUAGCUCUUAAUUCUCGAUUCUCUGAUGUUGCAAGUUAGGAACGAGUUUGCAAGCUCGUUUGCAUGUGAAAAUAAUGAAUGGCAAAUGUGUGGCAAGUUUGAACUUUGUAAGGGUUAUUAUGAUAUACUGCAAUCUUUACCUCAAAAAUCUUAUCCUUGGCAUUUCACAUCUGACACACUGCAGGUUUGCAUUCAAAAGCAAACAAAUUUUGUAGAUUGUGCUUUUUUUUCAAUGAGAAUAUUUUCAAUAUAGACACAUUUAAAAGGCCUCCACUUUCUUCACUGUAAAUAGAGGGCUUUUUUUUUUUUUUACAUUUUUAUUUAGGCCUACUAAUAAUUUUAUUUAUUAAUAAUUAAUAAUGUUGUUUUAUUUGUAAUUAACAUACAGUAUCUAUAAAUAUCACAAUAUGAAAUUAUAGAGCCCUCAUUCUUUUUAUAGUUCCUUCAGUCAAUGAAUGUUGAUAUGCUAAUUAUAAAAUCGCAUUCCAUAGUAUCAAUAUCCAUAUUGUCUGCCGAUUCAAAGCUUAAGCAAUAAAAUGUUUCUCUCAUUAUACUUCUACCAUAACAAAAUAAUAUGUGAUAAUUUCAUGGAACACAGAUAUAGCAUAGAGGUUAGCGAUUUUAUUUAUUAUCACUUCAGUGCAUGUACUGUACAUAAAGAAAUGCACAAACCCGUUCAAUGUACUCUCUUUAUUAUCUGAAAAUAUAAAUGAGACAUGAUGUUAUUUAGACUUACAUACAGUGCACUCCUUUAGCUGGUGGUUAAGUGAUUUAAUAAAAAUAUGUAUAGUGUAUAUUUAUUUUACAGCUUCCUUUACAAUUAUGAAAAGAUGAGGGUUAAUUUUUCCUAAUGCUGUGAUCAUGAACAUGUGUGAAUAUAUAAUCAGUAACAUGAUAUUCAAUUAAAACAACAUAAUUUCAUUCAGUAUCAAGUUGCUGGAGGUAGACCCUAAACAAGAAUUCCCAGCCAUGGCCUUUUUGGGGACAAGACAACAAGAAAGUUUUAAUGCCACACCAAACAUGAAAAGGACUUAAUAAACAUAUAACUCUGUAAGCCUUCAUCAUUCUCAACCUCUGUUACAGCAAAUCUCUAUCUUACAAUCCGGAAGAAUAAUAAUAUUUUAAUAACUGAAAAGCAUUAAAUUAAAUCUAUAGCAAAUGAUGACAACUGUGGGAGAUCGAUCCUACAAUUGAAAGAGGGUCUGGUCCUCAUAUCACUUCCGAAGAUAUGGAUUUAACCACUGGAGUCUUAUGGAUUACUUUAAUGCUGCCUUAAUGCUGCCUUUAUUUGCUUUUUGGAGCAUCAAAAUGUAACGAUUUAGGCAGGCAAACAGGAGCAAAACAACAUGAUGUGAAGGACCCAAGUGCAGAUUUAUUUCCAAAAACAAAGGUGAUACAAGACACCCUAUCUAUACCCGUGAACAUGAACUAGACACAUGGCCUAAACUAGACAUAAACUUGAAACAGGUACUCAGAACAGGACGUAACUGGGACUCUACUACACCAACAAACUACAAUACUAGCACAAAGACAAUGGCAAACAUGAGGGCUUAAAUACAUGGACAUAAGGUGACAAAAUAAUGCAUGGUAUGAGACCUUUUUCUCUCAACUCAAACUCAAAAAUAGUGAUUUAUUAAAUAAUACAAUGUUGUUAUCACCUAGAUGUUUUCAACAAUGAUGACAUAAUAUGGGGUAAAAAUAUUAUCAUUAUUAAUGAUGCCCAACGACACCACAGUGACCGUUCGAAUCGCUGCCUGUCUGGCAGACAUCUCGGCCUGGAUGAAGGAACACCACCUUCAACUCAACCCUGCCAAGACAGAACUCCUUGUCUUUCCAGCCAACCCUGCUGUUGAACACAACAUCACCGUGCAGCUGGGUCCAACUACAGUUUCGCCUUCCAAAACGGUCAGAAAUCUAGGGGUAACCAUUGAUGAUGAGCUAAAUUUCACAGACCACAUUUCAAAAACUGCAAGAUCUUGUAGAUUUACACUCUACAAUAUCAGGAAGAUAAGACCCUUCCUCUCUGUACAUGCCACACAACUGCUCGUUCAGUCCCUUGUCAUAACUAGACUGGACUACUGUAACGCUCUCAUUGCAGGCCUUCCUGCAUGUGCUAUUAGACCUCUCCAAAUGAUCCAGAAUGCAGCAGCACGCCUGGUCUUUAAUGAACCUAAGAGAGCACACGUUACACCACUCUUUGUCUCUCUCCACUGGCUGCCGGUUCAUGCCCGUUUUAAAUUCAAGGCCCUGAUGCUGGCAUAUAAAACAGUCACUGGGUCUGCUCCAGCAUACCUUAAAACAUUUAUGCAGAGCUACGUUCCCACCAGAAGCCUGCGGUCGGCUAAGGAACGUCGCCUUGUCGUACCAAAACAAAGAGGCACCAAAACACUUUCCCAGACUUUCAGUUUCAUCAUACCACGGUGGUGGAAUGACCUUCCCAACUCAAUCCGGGAAGCUAACUCACUCUCUAUCUUCAAAAAACGGCUAAAAACACAUCUUUUCCAAAAGCACUUAACCGGUCAAUAAAAAAAAAAAAAAAAAAAAAAAAA